ACAUUCACAGAGAGUAUUAUUGGUAUUAUUUAAUAUAUUCCUCACAGUUGAGUGAAUCUUAAUAAUGUUCUUAUAUGCGUUUGUGUGUGUAACUGCAGAGAUUUAUACCCAUUUUUUGUCCUGGAUUUGAGUCAAGAAUGCGAGUUUAAGAUCUGCAGCGGGACUUUAGUCCGGAUUUCACCCGCAUCAUUCACCUUUAACCCAUUUGAAUUCAGUCUGUGGUGCUCCGACGCGAUUGGCUGUCCGCUGGGGAGGCUGUGAGGUGGCGGAGGAGCUGCGCGGUGAUUGGUCGGGCAGGAGGCGUGGGCGGGGCGGUCUCUGAAGCGCUUCGUGUUUACGAGUGUGUGAAUCACAAACAGAAAAGCCAUCAGACUCGAUUUGAAUCCUGGACACUGGACACAUUUCUGCAGUGUGGAAACAUGAUAAUACAGUAUAAUGUCACAUACGUGAGAUAACACACACCAGCAGGAUCUACAGUGUGUUUCCGGACAUGCCUGUCAUGCGGUUCAUAAACUCACCAUUCGCCCCGCAGCCCUCCAUCGCGCCCGUCGCCCGAGCGCCGCCCGGCCCCGCGCACGCCCCUGGGGCCCUGUGGCUCCCGCUGGACUUCACCCUGGGCGCGCUGGCGUGCUGCGGGGCAUGCGUGUUCACCAACCCGCUGGAGGUGGUGAAGACCCGACUGCAGCUGCAGGGCGAGCUGAGGGCCCGCGGCUCCUACCAGCGGCACUACCGCGGGGUCCUGCAGGCGCUCUGGGUGGUGGGCAGCACGGACGGCGUCCGAGGGCUGCAGAAGGGGCUGACGGCGGCGCUGCUGUACCAGGGUCUGAUGAACGGGGUGCGGCUCGGGUUCUACUCCUACACGCAGGCCUCGGGACUCACGGACGCCCCGGGAGGGAGUCUGAUCGCAGGGGCCGCGGCAGGAGCCCUGGGGGCGUUCAUCGCCUCGCCCGCGUAUCUGGUGAAGACGCAGCUGCAGGCGCAGGCGGUGGCGGCCAUCGCUGUAGGACACCAGCACAACCAUCAGGGCGUGUCGAGCGCGUUCCUGUCCAUCUACCGCCGUGAGGGAGUGACGGGUCUGUGGCGGGGGGUGAACGGGGCCGUGCCGAGGGUCACGGUGGGGUCAGCGGCUCAACUGGCCACGUUCAGCUCGGCUAAAGACUGGGUCACACGCGCACAGUGGUUCAGUCCUCACAGCUGCCUCACCGCUCUCAUCGCCGCCAUGAUCAGCGGAGUCGCCGUGACGAUCACCAUGACGCCGUUUGAUGUCAUCAGCACUCGACUGUACAACCAACCAGUGGACGAGUUUAAGAGGGGCCGUCUGUACCGCGGGUUUGUGGACUGUCUGAUGAAGGUUUGCGCCACUGAAGGGAUUGUGGGUCUGUAUAAAGGAAUGACGCCAGUGUUUGUGCGUCUGGCUCCUCAUACGGUUCUCAGUAUGCUCAUAUGGGACGUCCUGAGACAGCGAGCACUGCUCUACACACACUGACACUCCAGAGCUGUGUGUGUGUGUGUGUGUGUGUGUGUGUGUGUGUGUGUGAAUGAUGCUGGAGGACGCUUGUGCUUCAUCACACACAGAUUCAUCCAGAUGCUUCAGCUUGAAAUGACUCUUAAUGCAGUUGAAGAGGAUCAUGGGUUUUACCUCACCAGUGUGUCUUAUAUCCGAUAUAACUGUAAAGACUCUUUGUAUUUUUAUCAUGCAGUUGAUUAAAGUUUUUACUGACUGA